GUAGCUUUGUUUUCCUCUCCUGGGGCUAAAGAAACGCCUGGUCCUCUGCCGGUAUAGCAGACCGAGGACAACCUGUCAUAUACUUGCUGUUAUUCCUCCAAACAAAUACCACGGUACGUUCACCGGCUUCGGGAGCAGCAAACCACGCUCUUAAAUUGAUUCUAUCAACUUCAAUGUGACAACGUGGUUGAGCAGAGUCCAGUGUGUCGUAACCGUUGUCUGUGUGGUGAGCACAAGUUUGAGCCGGAGCUGUUGGGCUGUGAGGAGUACCGGCAGGAAGAGACGAGCUUCACUGUAGCAGGCAACGUUGAAUCGUUCCAUUAUGAAUUUCUUCCUGGAAACAAUCCAAGUCCUCCUGCUGUCCAUCUGGUAUAAUGUGGAAUCUUUCAUCCACCUCUUUGUACCCAUGAAGAAGAAGAACAUUGCUGGUGAGGUAGUGCUGAUAACUGGGGCAGGUAGCGGCAUCGGUCGCCUCAUGGCUCAGGAGUUUGCAGCUCUUGGAACUGUGCUCGUGUUGUGGGAUAUUAACCAGGAGGGUGUGAAGGAAACAGCCAGGCUGGCUAAACAGAGUGGAGCAAGUAGAGUCCACUAUUAUCUGUGUGACUGCAGCAACAAGAAUGAGGUUUACGGAGUGGCUGACCAGGUUAAGCGAGAGGUGGGUGACGUCAGCAUUCUGGUGAACAAUGCUGGGAUUGUGACGGGAAAGAAGUUCAUGGAUGCUCCGGAUUCCCUGAUUGAAAAGACAGUGGAAGUCAACACUAUGGCUCACUUCUGGACCUAUAAGGCCUUCCUUCCUGCCAUGAUUGCCAACAAUCAUGGCCAUCUUGUCAGCAUUGCAAGUUCUGCUGGACUUAUAGGAGUCAAUGGAUUGGCAGACUACUGUGCAAGUAAGUUUGCAGCAGUAGGUUUUGCAGAGUCAGUGGGUCUGGAGCUGUUGGCAACUGGGAAGGAUGGCGUUAAGACCACUGUUGUGUGCCCAUACUUCAUCAACACUGGAAUGUUCGAUGGAUGUCAUACUAAGUGGCCAAGACUCCUCCCAAUCCUGAAUCCAGACUAUGUAGCCAAGAAGAUCAUCGAAGCUGUGCUCACAGACCAGGUCUACUUGCUACUGCCCAAGAGCAUGUACCUCAUCGCAGCUCUCAAGAACAUCCUUCCAAUGAAGCAGGGCAUUCUGCUGGGCCACUAUCUGGGAGCCUUCAACCUCAUGGACAAAUUCAAGGGACGCUCCAAAAAACUGGAAUGAAGUGAAGGAUGACUGAAAUGGAAAGAGACAUGGACUGAAGCCAUCCACACCACUACCUAUUUUAUAUGUAAUUGUCCUAGUGUAUUAGUGCAAUAUUACUGAUUAAGGUAGUUGUGAUUGGAUUUGAAUUUGAGACACAAGUUCCUCCCUCAUUUCAGUGGUUCUUAAUUGAAUACAAAUAUUGAAUGGCCUUAAAUUACAUUAUCAUUAGUGUAAUGAAAACAAUUUGAAAUUGAAUAGAAAAAUAUAGUAUAUGUUGCCACAGAAUAACAAUAGCAAUUAUGAAAUAUCAAUGUCCUCUCUAUACUUUCUAAAAAUGCAUCUGUGUGUGGUGUGUCUUUCGACAGCAAAUGCCAAACCGUCAACAGACCAAAGAAAGCCACACCAUUCAGAACACAUUCUCAUACUCAGGAAUAGUGAACCCUACUAAAAGUGUUUCCUAGAUAUCCGAUACCUUACCUUGUAAUGUUUGGGAGCCAGUGGUCCAGACAGCUCAAAGCUCUUUUGUGUUCAGACUGAAGAAGAAGUGAUUUAUAACGUUCUGUUAUUAGCACAAGUUUGAAAGCUUGAUUUUUUUUAAAGUCUAUAUUCACAAACAGCAAAUCUGGUGGGUGUGGCUCAGGAGGUAGAUCUGGUCGUCCAUUAAUCCCAGGGUUGACAGUUAGAUCCCCCGUUACUCCCACUUGUGUCCUUGAGCAGGAUGGGCAGGCUAUCGCCUUGCAUGCUCCGCCUCCAAUGGUGUGAGUGUGUGUGAAUGAGAGGCGAGGCUGUAAAGUGAAUUGUCCGUUAAUGCAGUGCAUUUGACAGUUAGAGGUUAGUUGUAAUUAGCUAGCACGACAGUAAAUAGUGUGUGAGUGGAGACCCCUCUACUUUUCUACUUCUUAUUCAUGAAUUGGAGUAAGAAAGCCUCAAGGUCAGCACAGUUUGCUCCAGACAGCCAUACACCUGUAUACACUUACUGCAGGCUUUGCAUUUAUUGUAAAUGAAUGAUGAUGUUUCCAGAUUUCGCCUUGUGUCCAGUCUGAACACACCUGGCACUGAGAAAUUAAUCACUGUUUAUUAAAAAUGCUUUUGUCAUCCAUAGACUAUAUACUUGCAGUGCAUUUUGAGGCACCAACAACAAUGUGGCAUAUGUUAGAAAAACAUUUCAUUUUGUGGCUAGAUUUAAGAAAGAAGCAUGUUUUGUUCCCAAUUAAGUAAGUUGUAGUAGUAGUAUUAAUAUCACAGAUAUUGUUUUGUUGUAAUUUAUCAUUGCUAAUGUAAUUUUUAACUGAUUGCCAUCAUAUGAGUGUAUGUAAUUUGUAAAAUUUGACAUUGUUGUCUUUUACACAAGUUAUGUAGACAGCUUAAUUACUGAUAUACUUCUACGGCUAUAUUGAAUGGAUUGAAGUUUAAGCGUAAAUGCAUGUUACCUUAAUCGUGCAAAUAUGGCUCGUACAGGAAGAUGCGGAAAUGGGCAAAAAGAAUGUGAGAUUGUUUUAAGUCUGUAUCUAAAAGUUAAUUUUAGCACAUGUAUCAGAACUAUCUCACAGUGUUUGAAUGUAAACCUGAAACUAAUUUUAAAAGUUCAGAUCAAUACAUUUUCUGA